ACCUUGCAAGUCCAAAAUGUCCACGAGCACCAAAAGGUCGCCGGUUCCAAAACCGACGCAAUUAACGACACAGGAGAUUCAGCAGAUAUACAGCAGAUACCAAAAUGAUCUGCAAUCCCUCGCCGGUAAGAUCGGCGAACUUGAGCAGGAAGCUGAAGAACAUGCACUGGUUCUGACCACGCUUGAUGAAGCACUGGCAGAGGAGCCUGAUCGGAAAUGCUUCCGCCUCAUUGGAGGCAUUCUGGUUGAACGAACAGUAAAGGAGGUCGUUCCCGCGCUCAAAACAAACCUUGAAAACAUUCAGAAGGUUAUCGCAACGCUUGCGGAGCAAUACAAGACAAAGGAAGUGGAAUUCGAGGCUUUCAAACAGGAAUACAACAUUCGACCAGUCGCUUAAGAUAUCGUUUAGGUUGUACUAAUUAACAUUGUAUAGUAUGUUUCAUGGUUCUCCUGCUCAUUCAGAUCACCCUGAUAUGCGCAGAUAUCCAGGUACCAAUGCAUCAUUCUUUUUUCCAUGUCUGAACACUGCAGUUAUUAUAAAUUUGGUCCAAUGCAGAGUGUAUACGGCACCUUCUGAUGUUUCCUUUGCAGCACGUAUUGAGGCAUGGAACUCACUGAGCUGUGUCUCUACUCUAUUCCUACUUCUUUACCUCCUCCACAUACAGCGCUUUAGGUUCAGUACAC